AUGUAUCUCACGGUGAGGCUCUCCAUCAUGUAUCUCAUGGUGAGACUAUCCACCGUGUAUCUCACGUAUCUCACGGUGAGGCUCUCCAUCGUGUAUCUCACGGUGAGACUCUCCAUCGUGUAUCUCACGGUGAGACUCUCCAUCGUGCAUCUCACGGUGAGACUCUCCAUCGUGUAUCUCACGGUGAGACUCUCCAUCGUGUAUCUCACGUACAGAAUUUACAUAAAAAUGGCUUAUGGUAAUGGGAUUGCUCUUCAUGUAUUUUAUUUAGAAUGGCUGACGCUCAGUGAGAAGCAGACGUUUGGAAAUGUCUGGGACAGACUCAGCAGGACCAUGGGGGCGGAAGACCUUGCGUAUAAGAUGCUGAAAGGUUGCCCGCGGGACAGGACCACAGCCGAGGAUGGCCUGCUCCAUAAAUUCUUCAGUACUUUGCCGGGUCAGCUGUACCAGCUGUCUGAUGUGCGAUCCAUAUUCACGGUACCUGGGCUCUGCCUUAAACCAGAAAUCCGAGAUCUCCUAAUUCCACAUCAGAAAGUCUCCCUGCCGGCGGCACAUCACAAGCCUUGGUGAGUGGCAGACGGACACCUUGCUGCCAGCCCGGCUUCACCUGCUGAAUGUACCAGCGCUCCCUGCUUAUCUGACUCCCCCUCCCAGCCGCUGCCUUAUGAACAGAGACGCCAUCUUGAAACAAAGCAGUAGACUCAUGUAAUUUAUAUAAAGCUAACACAAUGGGAUGAGCUAAGUGCUGCACUUUUCCACUAAUGCUACGUCUGCCCAUGAGGAACGUGGUAAUAAUGCUCGCUCUACGCUGUACCCCACGGUAGCAUCACUUCCCCUCAUCGCGUCCUCCUGCAGUGAUCCAGAAACAACUCUCUGGCAGGAAUCACCUGAGACAGGAUGAGGCACAAAAUUAGUUUUUACAUUUUUUCCUAUUAUGUAAAAUGAAUAACUACGUUCUGCUGAAUUUCCUUCUGCUUUACUUCUAAGUUUGAUGUCAAAUCAUUGCUGAAAUCUUACAAUAUUAAAGUUGUAUAGAUCACUA